CCAAAUUGUUUGUUAAGUCUUAGACAGUAGUAUCACACAGAAAAAUCAAUAAUUCAUGGCAUCUUCAAAUGGGAGUGAUUCUUUAGAAUCAUAUAGUAAUUUUGGGCGGCACUCAAAUGCAGAUUCAGAUGAAGAUGAGUUAAUGUGGGCAGCUUUAGAGAAGUUGCCAUCGGAGAAGCGUACAAACUUCGCCUUGUUAAAACGCACGGAUACUAUCGAUGUCACAAAGCUUGAUCGUCUCACUCGGCAAAUUCUUGUCAACAAUGCACUUGCUACUUCUGAACAAGAUAAUUACAAGCUCCUUUACUCCAUCAAACAACGCUUCAAUAGGGUGGGAUUGGAGAUACCUAAAGUUGAAGUGCGAUAUGAAAACUUAACUAUAUCAACAAAUGUGAAAGUAGGUUCAAGAGCAUUGCCUACGUUAUUAAAUUAUGGUUAUGAUGUAAUCGAGAGUAUAUUAGCUGGAUUAAGGAUAUUCAAACCAAGGAGACAUCCCCUUACAAUACUGAAAAAUGUUACUGGCAUUGUAAAACCUGGAAGGAUGACUCUGCUUCUAGGACCUCCAGGUUCUGGUAAAUCCACAUUGCUUUUAGCUCUUUCUGGAAAGCUUGACAAUGAACUGAAGCGAACUGGCCAUAUUACGUAUAAUGGACAUAAAGAGGAUGAGUUUUGUGUGCAAAGGACUUGUGCUUACAUAAGUCAAAUAGACAAUCAUAUUGCAGAGCUAACUGUAAGAGAAACUUUAGAUUUCGCAGCGAGAUGCCAAGGUGCAAGUCAUGGUUUUGGAGAUUAUAUGAAAGACCUUGGUCAUUUAGAGAAGGAAAGAAAGAUACGCCCAAAGUUUGAGAUAGAUGCAUAUAUGAAGGCAUCUUCUGUUGGUGGUACAAAGCACAAUGUGUCUACAGAAUAUGUCUUGAAAGUUCUUGGUCUUGAUAUAUGUUCAGAUACAAUAGUUGGUAAUGACAUGGUGAGAGGAAUUUCAGGUGGACAAAGGAAGAGAGUUACUACAGGAGAAAUGAUUGUUGGACCUAGGAAAACACUUUUUAUGGAUGAAAUUUCUACUGGACUUGACAGUUCUACAACUUUCCAAAUUGUCAAGUGCAUAAGAAAUUUUGUUAAUUUAAUGGAAGGAACUGUGAUGAUGGCUCUUCUUCAACCCGCACCAGAGACUUUUGAGUUAUUUGAUGAUCUGGUGUUACUAUCUGAUGGAUAUGUUGUGUACCAUGGACCUCGAGCAGAUGUUGUUCCAUUUUUUGAGUCAUUAGGAUUUCAAUUGCCAUCUCGUAAGGGUGUUGCUGAUUUUCUUCAAGAGGUUACCUCCAGAAAAGAUCAGGCACAAUACUGGGCUGAUACUUCCAGACCAUAUGAGUUCAUUCCCGUUGAGGCAAUAGCUGAAGCUUUUAGAAAUUCCAGAUAUUGUCAGGAUCUAAAGUCAUCUCUUUCGGUUCCAUAUGAUAGAUCCAAGAGCCAUCAUUUGGCUUUAUCUAAGACAAAGUUUGCUGAAUCCAGAUUGGAGCUCCUUAAGGGUUGUUUUUCAAGAGAAAUGCUUCUAAUGAGUAGGAAUAGUUUUCUAUACAUCUUCAGAACAUGUCAGGUUGCAUUUAUGGGAUUUGUAACAUGCACACUGUUUCCAAAAACGCGGUUACAUCCCACUGAUCUGGUGAAUGGGAACUUGUAUCUUUCUGGCUUAUUUAUUGGGUUGGUGCAUAUCAUGUUCAACGGAAGAUUAGAACUCCCUCUCUUAAUACUUCGCCUCCCCGUAUUCUAUAAGCAAAGAGAUAAUUUCUUCUAUCCUGCAUGGGCGUGGUCCUUAAGUAGUUGGAUUCUGCAGUUACCUUACUCCAUAACUGAAGCUGCUGUGUGGUCUUGUGUUGUGUAUUGGACUGUAGGUUUUGCACCUGGUGCUGGGAGAUUUUUCCGUUACAUGCUUUUACUAUUUUCUGUACACCAAAUGGGGAUGGGUCUCUUUCGGUCAAUAGCUUCUCUUUCACGAGAUAUAGUUAUCGCAACUACAUAUGGAUCAGCUGCUCUGCUAAUCACAUUUUCACUGGGUGGUUUUCUCUUGCCAAAAGAAAUGAUCAAGCCAUGGUGGAUAUGGGCCUUUUGGGUGUCACCAUUGUCCUACGGACAGCGAGCUAUUUCAGUUAAUGAAUUUACUGCCACAAGAUGGAUGGAGAAGACAACAAGUGGAAAUGUUACCCUUGGUUACGCUGUUCUGCAAUCCCAUAGUAUACCAACAUCUGGUUACUGGUACUGGCUUGGAGUAGGAGUUAUAUGGCUAUAUGCCUUGCUUUUCAACAUUAUUCUGACUGUAGCCCUGGCUUUCCUUAACCUGAUGGUAAACAAUUUUCUCUGUUGGAUUUUUGGCUUGUGUAUCGAUGAUCUAUUUAUCAUUAUCUUUUGCGUAGGACCUGGCCAGAGGGCAAGUACAAAGAAAGGAAUAAUCUUCCCUUUCCAACCACUAACGAUGAGUUUCCAUAAUGUCAACUACUUUGUUGACAUGCCAAAGGAAAUGAGCUCAGAAGGAAUACCUGAUAAAAAGUUGCAGCUACUGUCAAAUGUAAGUGGAGUAUUCUCACCUGGCGUUCUAACUGCAUUGGUUGGUUCAAGUGGAGCGGGAAAAACCACAUUGAUGGAUUGCCUAGCUGGUAGGAAGACUUCUGGACAUAUAGAGGGCGACAUUAGGAUAUCAGGUUACCCUAAAAUACAAGAGACUUUUGCAAGAAUUUCAGGAUAUGUUGAACAGAAUGAUAUACAUUCUCCUCAAGUGACAGUUUUUGAAUCCCUGUGGUUUUCUUCUUAUCUCCGGCUCCCCAAAGAAGUGAAUGAAAAACAAAGACAGGAGUUUGUUGAAGAAGUAAUGGAGUUAGUGGAACUUGACUCCCUAAGGUAUGCUUUGGUUGGCUUGCCUGGCCGCUCUGGCUUAUCAACCGAACAAAGAAAACGUUUGACAAUUGCAGUAGAACUUGUGGCAAACCCAUCCAUAGUUUUUAUGGAUGAACCUACAUCUGGGCUUGAUGCACGAGCUGCAGCCAUUGUAAUGCGAACUGUUCGUAAUACAGUAGAUACUGGACGAACAGUGGUCUGCACAAUUCACCAACCAAGUAUUGAAAUUUUUGAAGCAUUUGACGAGCUUCUUCUAAUGAAACGCGGGGGACAAGUGAUAUAUGGAGGAAAGCUUGGGGAGAAGUCACAAAUUAUGAUAAACUAUUUUCAGAGUAUUCACGGUAUACCGCCAAUUCCUAGUGGUUAUAAUCCCGCAACCUGGAUGCUUGAGAUAAGUACAUCAGCUGCUGAAGCGAAACUCGGAGAAGAUUUUGCAACAAUAUAUAGAAAUUCUGAACAAUACAGGCAAGUUGAAGGCUUAAUUGAGCGUCUGAGUGUCCCACCUGAAAACUCAGAACCUAUGGGCUUCACUUCCAAAUAUAGUCAAGGUGCAGUGUCUCAGUUUAAGAUCUGCCUGUGGAAGCAAAAUCUCGUAUACUGGAGAAAUCCAUCAUAUAAUUUCAUGAGGCUGUUCUUCACAACAAUGUGUGCAUUGCUUCUUGGUUCCUUAUUUUGGGAUGUUGGUUCAAAAAGGGACUCAAGUCAAAACUUGUUUGUGGUAAUGGCGGCUCUUUAUGCUUCAGUCUUGUUUCUGGGGGGCAAUAAUGCUACUUCUGUACAGCCAGUUCUUUCGAUUGAAAGAACUGUUUUCUAUAGGGAAAGAGCUGCAGGAAUGUAUUCCCCGCUACCAUAUGCAGUAGCUCAGGGUAUUAUCGAGAUUCCAUAUGUCAUGAUACAGACACUAAUUUACGGAGUCAUUACAUAUUUCAUGAUCAACUUUGAAAGGGAAGCAGGCAAAUUUUUCCUCUACAUACUAUUCAUGUUUCUUACGUUCAUGUAUUUCACCUUUACUGGUAUGAUGGUUAUUAGUGUUGCACCAACUCAACAUUUAGCUGCCAUCAUUUCAUCAGCUCUCUUUUCAUUGUGGAACAUCAUGUCUGGUUUUAUAGUCCCAAAACCUAGUAUCCCAGAAUGGUGGAUAUGGUUCUACUACAUCAACCCAGUUGCAUGGACAGUCCGAGGCAUCAUUAGCUCUCAACUUGGUGAUGUGGAAACAAGGAUAACAGGACCUGGAUUUGAUGGAACAGUAAAAGACUAUUUGGAAGUCAGACUUGGAUUUGGUCCUGGGAUGAUUUGGUGGUCUGCUGCUAUGCUUACUGGAUUUUGCUCUCUCUUUUUUGCCAUCUAUGCAGCAUCAGUCAAACUAAUUAACUUCCAAAAAAGAUGAAGCACUGUUCUAAAAAUAUUAUCCUUCAUUGAAUCAAAUAUACUUCCAAUUUCAAAAUGUGCUUGUUUGGCAAUAGUUUUAGAUCCAGAUUUGAAUAUGUUGUCAAGGAAAACAAGUAUAGGUGAUAAUAUAUAUUAGACCUUAAUGGUAUUGCUGUUUUCCAGUGGUCAAUAUACUUUCCAAA